AUGUUACCCAUCCAAGAGGUGGUCCCUCCACUGGAUUUGAACCGGUACAAUAACGAACACCCACAUCGCGAGAACGACCAGCUGUGGACAAUCGACUCGGAUCAGCAGUGCUCUGAAGAAGACGAAGGCGCCGAAACAUUAGGCAAACAAAAAACUGGUGAUACUUUUCGAACUGUUGAAGACGUUGUUGUAAACCAUGACGUCGUUGUCGUGUCCGCUGACGUGGUUGUUGUGGACGUUGACGUGGUUGUUGUGGACGUUGACGUGGUUGUUGUGGACGUUGACGUGGUUGUUGUGGACGUUGACGACGUUGUCACGUCUGAUGGCGCCAUUUCUGCCUCUCUUCGUAGCACUCUGUUACCUACCGAUAGAGAUCUUACUUUGCCUCGAGGAAAUACUAGCAGUUGCGCCGCUUUUCGUGGCGACCUUGGUAUCCCUCGUGGCAUUGUUGUAGCCGUUGAUGGGUGUACUACAGACGCAAUCGACGGCACCUUGAUCUGA